AUGCGGCGCCCUUUGCCGAUCAGCUUCCUGCUGUGGCUUCCGUGGCUGCCGCUCGCCCACGCCUUAUUGUCUGGCUGGCGGCGAGGAGGCGGCGUCGUCGUCGGCGGCGGCGAGGCGCCGCUCCGCAGUCUGGCGCGCGGCCAGGUGCGCGGCGGCGGCGUCCGCUGCGCCACCCCGCUCGGGCAGAGCCACACUCCGCCCAGUUCCGAGUGGUCGCCGCCAUACGCCGACGGCGCGAGCUACUUCGAGUGGGCGGACCAAAUCUGCUCGGUCGCUCCCUGCCUCUCCUCGCAGCUCGACCGGCUGUCGGGCGCACCGUCCGCGCUGAAGCUGCUCGGCGAGCUGGACCGGCACCUCGGCAGCCUCACGGCGUACCUGCGCCCGUCGGCGCAGCAGCAGCUGCGGCUCGCGCUGGAGACCGCCUUCCUGGCGCACUACGGCCAGCAGCGCCGCAGCGGCGAGCCCUACAUCACCCACCCGGUCGAGGUGUCUGCGAUCCUCGCGCGCACCUCGAUGGACAAGGAGUCGCUCAUCGCCGGACUGCUGCACGACACGGUCGAGGACACCGAGCUCGACUUUGCGGCCAUCGAGGCGCUCUUCGGCGCGACGGUGCGCAAGAUUGUCGAGGGCGAGACCAAGGUCUCCAAGCUGCCGAAGAUGGUCCGCUCCUCGGACGAGGCCGAGGGCCACGCUGCGGCCGGCGCACUGUUCGGCGGCGGCGGCGGCGGCGGCGGCGUGACUGGCGGCGUCGAGCCGGCGCAGGCGCAGGCGGUGGAGACGCUCGUCUCGGACACCGACGAGCAGGCGGAGAACCUGCGCUCCAUGUUCAUAGCGAUGGCCGAGGACUGGCGCAUCGUGGUUGUCAAGCUGGCGGACCGGCUGCACAACAUGCGCACGCUGCAGCACAUGCCGCCCCACAAGCGGGCGGCCACCGCGCGCGAGACGCUGCAGAUCUUCGCGCCGCUCGCGCACCGGCUGGGCCUGUGGGCGUUCAAGACGGAGCUCUCUGACCUGUCCUUCAAGUACCUAUUCCCCGCCGAGUUCUUGGAGGUGCAGGAGUACAUUGAGCGGAUGGCGCCGCAGUACGAGGACGUCAUCGCGUCGUCGCAAGACAAGGUGCAGCGCUUGCUCUCCUCGGAUGAAUGGCUGCAGGGCCGCAUCCGGUCCGUGUCCGUGACCGGCCGCACCAAGUCGGUGUACUCGACAUGGAAGAAGAUGCAGCGCCACGGCUGCGAGAUCGAGCGCGUGCAUGACCUCGUCGCGCUCCGCGUCGUCCUCUGCGAGGAGGUUCGCGAGCUGCCGCCGACGCCGACGCCGACGCCGCCGCCCGCGGCGGGGUCGACGGUGACGUGGAUGCCGCCGGCGAGGGGCCACGCCCAAGCGCACUUCCUGCAGGCGGAGGUGCUGGAGGCGCAGGCGGCGCAGGCGGCGCAGGCGGCGCAGCAGGCGGCGCAGCAGGCGGCGCAGGCGGCGCAGCAGGCGGCGCAGGUGGCGCAGGCGGCGCAGGCGGCGCAGGCGGCGCAGGUCCCCGCCACACGGGGCGCCGCGCCCGCCGCCGCGCCGCCCGCGAUCGAGCCGCGCGGCGUGCUGUCUCCGCCUCCCGCUAGCGCGGCGGGUCCCCGGGCGGCGGGCGAGGCGGAGGACCGAGCUCUGUGUUACCACGUGCUUGGCAAGGUGCACGGCUGCUGGACGCCGCUGCCGCGAACGCUCAAGGACUACAUCUCUUCGCCGAAGCCAAACGGGUACCGCAUAUCUCCCCAUAUCUCCCCAUAUCUCCCCAUAUCUCCCCAUAUCUCCCCAUAUCUCCCCAUAUCUCCCCAUAUCUCCCGAUAUCUCAGGUACCGCUCGCUGCACACGACGGUGCUGGAGAUGCCCCGCGGCGACUCCUCCCUCCCUUGGCUCCAGAUCAUCCGCCAGUGGAACGACCAGGUCGAGAGCGCCCACGACUUUGUCCGGCUGGUGCGCGAGGAGCUGCUCGGCACCCGCGUCUUCGUCUUCACGCGGAACGGGCGCAUCCUCAAACCUCGCGCAACCUCGCGCAACCUCGCGCAACCUCGCGCAACCUCGCGCAACCUCGCACACGCUGUGACUAGGCGCAUCCUCAACCUCGCGCGCGGCGCCACGCUGCUCGACGCCGCCUGCCUGCUCCGCGCGCCAAACCUCGACUCGCACGGUGGGCUCGUCAACGGCAUGCCGGCGGCGCCCUCGACGGUCCUGCAGAACGGCGACAUCGUCUCGCUCGAGCGGCGGGAGCCGCUCGUCCACUAUGGCCAGCGCCGCGCCGCCUCGCCGCUGCAGCGGCCCGCCGCCGCGACGGCGCCCCUCUCCGCCGCCGCCGCCCCUGCCGCCGCGCCCGCCGCCGCCGCGCCCGCGCCUGCCACCGCGCCCGCCGCGUCUCCGCGGCCGGCGAUGAGGCGGCGGUCGGACGGGCACCUGCUGCCGAUGAUGCAGCGGCUCGCGUCGGCAGAGACGUCGGGGUGGCGGCUGUGCGAGCAGUGCCAGCCGGUGCUGGGCGACGAGCUCGCGGGAUCCGCGUUUGACCUCUCGUGCGGCGCGGGCAUCGUGCACCGCGCCGGCGCGGGCUGCCGCGCGCUGCAGCGGCAGCUCGCCGUCGGCGGCCACACGCUCGUCUCGGGCGCGCGCGCGCAGCCGCUGCUGCGGAGGUACAUGGCGCCGUGCGACGCGGGGGGCGGGCUGGCCGGCUUCCUGACGGCGGUGGUUGUCUUUGUGCGCGACCGGCGCGGCAUCCUGCUCGACGUGUCGAUGGUGGUGACGCGCGAGGCGCUCAACAUCAUCGACGUGCACUCGGAGACGCUCACGCCGGGCGGCGAGGCGGCGUUCCAGUUCACGGUGCAGGUGGCGGACAGCGCGAUGCUGCAGCGGCUCGUCUCGAAGGUGGAGCGGGUGGAGGGCGCCGUCAAGGUGGUGCGAGGAGGGAUGGAGGAGCUGAUGCGCCGCGAGUCACCCGCCGGGUUCUGGGCCAACUGCGCGCUGCCGGUGGCGGAGGAGGGGCCGCCGCUCGCGGAGCCGUUGCCUGGCGGCGCGGAGCCGCCGCCGCCGAGCCCGUACCCCAUCGCCCCGCCAUCCCCUGACCAGCCUAUGUGA